AUGUUGCGACAACUUGCUGCAGUCUUGCUCCCUGCCGUUGCUGCUGUAUGCACUCAGCCAGGCAUUUGCGUGGUUGAACCAAGCGCAAAUGGGACAGACUCGGCGCCGGCUAUCAUUGAUGCGUUCAAGCGCUGUGGCCAUAACGAUGUAUCCAAGCGCGGCAAAGUCAUCUUCAAAAAUGAGACAUAUCAUAUCAAGAGUGUCAUGAACACGACUGGUCUCAGCAAUGUCGACAUUGAUCUCCCUGGUACUCUUCUUUGGGACCAAAACAUUGACUACUGGCUGAACAACUCGCUGCCGGUUGGAUACCAAAACCAGUCGAGUGCUUGGCUCUUUGGAGGAGACAAUAUCAACUGGGUUGGCCAUGAUGUUGGAACACUAGACGGCAAUGGUCAAGUUUGGUAUGACUUUGUCAAUGGCACAAAUAAUUAUCCCGGUCGACCUCAUCAAAUCACAAUUACUGGAACGCAUGAUAGCUACUUCAGCGGUCUGCGCUUCGUCCAGUCUCAAAUGUGGACAAUGACAAUCAUCCAUAGCACCAACAUUCUUCUCGAGUCCAUCUAUGUCAACAGCACCGACACGAAACAAGCAGUUGGGUUCGGAUUUUCUUCCCUCAACACGGACGGAGCCGACACUGUUUAUGCAGACAACAUAACCUUUCGCGGAUGGACCGUUGACAAUGGCGACGACAGCAUCUCCAUGAAGGCCAACAGCACCAAUAUUCUAAUUGAAGACUGCCGCUUUUACACGGGCCUGGGAGUUGCGAUCGGGUCCAUUGGCCAGUACAGAGACACUUUUGAGUAUAUUGAGAAUGUCACGGCUCGCAAUAUUGAAAUCAACAACAUGCGGUACGGCGCCUACAUCAAGACGUGGACUGGUGUACCCAGUGGAUAUCCUCCCAAUGGCGGCGGCGGCGGUCUCGGAUACGCAGCCAACAUGGACUUUUCCAAUUUCACCCUGAACAAUGCCACCGGCAUCUUUGCCUUGACUCAGUGCACGCAUUAUAAUGAUGCAAGUGGAGAUUGCGACACUUCAGAAUUCCAGAUCCGCAACCUCAAGCUUCGAGAUUGGACAGGUGACUGUACAAGUGAUGUCGUUGCCGACUUGCAAUGCAGUGCUGCAGCAAAUUGUACAGGUGUCGAGAUUACAGGAAUCGACAUCAUUGAUACAGUGAAUGGAACUGCACCAGUCAAUUACUUGUGCGACAGUGUUAUCGAUCCAGUAGGUUUCAACUGCACUGGCGAGCCGUGGGAGGAGAAUAGUCGAUAG